AUGUCGAGGAGCUCAUACGAUAGAUAUCUCACAGUCUUCUCGCCCGAUGGACGUCUGUACCAGGUCGAGUACGCCUUCAAGGCCAUCUCUUCGGCUGGUCAGACUAGUGUAGCGAUCAGGGGAAAGGACUGUGCCGUCGUAGCAACGCAAAGGAAGAUUCCAGACAAGCUGGUGGAACCAUCAACUGUGACGCACAUCUUCAAGCUGACACAGGAGAUUGGAUGCAUCAUGACUGGAAGGAUCGCCGAUGCCCGGUCUCAGGUACAACGUGCGCGGGCAGAGGCUGCUGAAUUUAAGUACAAGUAUGGAUAUGCCAUCACACCUGACCUCCUCGCCAAGAGAAUUGCCAACAUCAAUCAGGUCUACACUCAGCGAGCUGCCAUGAGGCCCCUAGGUAUCUCCAUGAUUCUCGUCGGUAUUGACUCGGAUCCAGAGCGAGGUCCUCAGGUGUACAAGAUCGACCCUGCAGGGUACUACGUCGGAUUCAGGGCCACUGCUGCCGGCCAGAAGCAGACGGAAGCCAUCAACUACCUGGAAAAGCAUUUCAAGAAGUCGUCUUCGGCAUCAACUGCAGCUGCAGCAGAGUCCGAGACUGGCACCAGCGGCAGUGGGCUCGUCGACGCUUCGCCCGACGCGGCUACAGCAGAGGCAGAGGCCGUCUCGCGCAAAAUGACCAAGGACGAGGCCCUGCAAUUAGCCAUUCAGACCCUUUCGACAAUCUUGGCGCAGGACCUCAAGGCGACAGAGGUGGAAGUGGGGAUCAUUGGUGGACCAAAGGGAGCAGAUGGGGAUGACAAGAGUGAUGAGGCUCAGCAGGAGAGGAGGUUCAGGACUCUGAGCGAGGAGGAAAUCUCCAAUGUCCUGGACGCAAUCGCUGAAAAGGACUGA